UUGGUUCAUAGCACGUGCCAAAACUAGUCAGCUAUAUGUUACAAUAAUAUCGGUGCUCGUUUAGAACAAUGUCAAUGAAACUAUUUUUAUUAGUGACAAGCAUCAUAUACUUACUACAGCAAGUAUCGGCUAGCACAGAAGAAUAUCCAAAAUGUGGAAAAAAUGAAUUGCUGAUAUCAGGGCCCCUUUGCUGUGAACCCUCGUGUAGUGAUGAUUGUUCCGGAAAUCUAGAAAAAUCAAGGUACUGCAAUAAACCCACAUGUGUCUGUAAACUCGGAUUCGUCAGGCACAAGGGCAAGUGUAUUCGUAAAGAUCGUUGUCCGAAAAUUGUAUCCAGUACAACGCAACAAAAUGCAGCAUGCUCCACUACGGUAAAAUAUCCCGAUGUCUCUCCAUGCAGCCAGCCGAACAAAUCAAAAUGUAGUCUUUGUAAUGUAAAACGUCGACCGUCGUCUAGUUGUUAUAACGCAACGCAUGGUAGAAUGAAUAUAGAACGCCAUACUUCUAAGAAGCCAUUUAUGUAUAACACUAAGUGUGACUCAAGUUUGCAUGAUCAUCCGACCGACCACCAUAAGCCACCGAUAAUCAUCAUGGAAAUUACAACACCAGCAACUAACAGAUAUCAUCUCGAACCAUUUUAUCCACGAAAUGCGCUACCCAGGCCUGAAACUAGUAUUGAACGUUCGGCAGAUUCGGAUCCAUCGUGCCGAAACUCGCCAGAAUCUGACGAAGCAGCAAAGGUUACACCGAUUGUCUAUGAAAGAACUACUCGACGACCUUGUAGGCUGGCAUGUGGAAAGGUACACCCAACGCGCCCCUAUAUACCUAAUCCAAACUGUAAAUUGUGUGCUAGACCAAGUACUCAUGCUACUACCUUACCCACCUGCCUUCCUACAACAGUAACAACGCCAUCAACAACAACAACAACUACUACUACUACUACUACUACUACGACAACCACAGAAGCAACAACAACGACGACGGCAAAACAAUGCAGCACACAUCAAAGACUUAGUAUUUGUCGACCGUUGUGCAUCCCAACAUGCGGUAAUGAUUGCAGUAACAUAAAAAGAAGUACCGUGUGUAUUGCCGAAAUUAAUUGUAUCUGCGUUUCCGGUUACGUAUGGCAUGAGGGUAAAUGUAUUCGCAAAGAAGACUGUCCUCCACCAGUAACUCAUGGACACCGGUUUCCUCCACCGGAGAUGGCUUAUCAAUACGACGAAAAGGAGCAAGGUUACCCUUCAUUUGAGUUCGACAUAAGCGACUUUACAAGUGAUUUGGAUUCCGACGAGUGCGAACAGCUUUAG